AUGCAGGUGGAACAGGAUGGAGAUUCUUCUAGUGUCCGGGACUUCUUCAAGAGGCCCGAGAAUGAGGACACUUUGCAUUAUUUGAAACGUCAACAUCAGGAACAAAUGAAGAGAAUGGAUGAAUUGGAGGUAAAUCCAAUGGUUUCUCCAUUGAAACCUACUAAAAACAUGUAUAUGGGGAUGAAUAGGCCUACGAGCACAACGAUAAAUGCAAACGUUCCGUCGUCAACAGUGCCGUCAUCGUCCUCAUCGUCCUCACAGGGACAGUCGGAGUUGCUUCGACAACAAUUAAGAGGCGAGGUUCCGUUACCAUCGUCGACAAUGUCUUCUUCGACAGCUAAUGCGUUUCCACAUAGAAGGGCAGACCAUGCUUAUAAUUAUGCUAUAUACGAUAAUGAGACGCGUUUACCUCCACCAACACAACAACAACAACAACAGUUCACGAACAAUAAAUUAAAUAAUUCAUAUGCGGCAAAGGAUUUUGGUUCAUCGUCAGUGUAUAUUAAAUCGAUAUUAAAGGAAACAGAAUCCUUAAGAGAUAUUGUUUAUCAACAACAACAAGAUAUGAACACGUUAAAUAUGUUAUUGGGUAACGAGCGUUCUAAGAAUAUAAAUCUUUACGACCGUUUGACCCAUUUAGAAAGUAAGAUACAAAUGAUCGAAAUGAAUACUCAAAUACCUAUACCGCAACGGUCGAUAUCCACAUCUUCGUCAUCGGCUUCUUCAUAUGUUGGUGGUGAUGGGAGAACGUUCGCUUAUAAUAAUGGAUAUCCACCUAGUAGUAGAGAUAUUGACGAUAAUAACAAUAUUAACGCUAGUAGAAUAUACAGUAAUAAUAGUAAUAACCCAAGUGAAAGAUCGCGCCAGUAUAGAAAUCAAGAAUUUAUAUCGUCUCCAACAACAAAUCAUCCCUUUUCAAUAGUUGAUGAUAAGACUACAAAUCUAUUAUUUUCAAAGAAGAGCUCUUAA